AUGUACACUCACGGGUACAAGGCUCUUGAAAGAAGCGCACACCCACCUAGCAUCCUGGGGUCCCUCACAGGUGCCAAGAGCCCCCAGAGGCUGGGCAGAUCCAGCUAUGGCUCCAUUCCCAGCCUGCCUGGCCCACCAGCACCUCAGCAAACAUCUUCCCAGGACACCUACUUGAGCGAGAAGAUUCCUAUCCCCAGCACAAAACAGGGUACAUUCAGCCUGAGGAAGCUGUGGGCAUUCACAGGGCCUGGUUUCCUCAUGAGCAUCGCUUUCCUUGACCCAGGGAACAUUGAGUCGGACCUUCAAGCUGGUGCCGUGGCUGGAUUCAAAUUGCUCUGGGUGCUGCUGUGGGCCACCGUGCUAGGCUUGCUUUGCCAGCGCCUGGCUGCCCGGCUAGGUGUGGUGACAGGCAAGGACUUGGGUGAAGUCUGCCACCUCUACUACCCUAAGGUGCCUCGCACCCUCCUCUGGCUGACCAUCGAGCUAGCCAUUGUGGGCUCGGACAUGCAGGAAGUCAUCGGCACCGCUAUCUCCUUCAAUCUCCUCUCAGCUGGACGGAUUCCCCUGUGGGGUGGCGUCCUGAUCACCAUCGUGGACACAUUCUUCUUCCUCUUCUUGGAUAACUACGGAUUGCGCAAGCUGGAAGCAUUCUUUGGGUUCCUUAUUACCAUUAUGGCUUUGACCUUCGGUUAUGAGUAUGUGGUAGCACGGCCAUCCCAGGGAGCACUUCUUCAGGGCCUGUUCCUGCCCUCCUGCCCAGGCUGUGGUCAGCCUGAGCUGCUGCAGGCAGUGGGCAUUGUUGGCGCCAUCAUCAUGCCCCAUAACAUCUACCUGCACUCAGCCUUGGUCAAGUCUAGAGAGGUAGACAGAGCCCGCCGGGCGGACAUUCGAGAAGCCAACAUGUACUUCCUGAUUGAGGCCACCAUUGCUCUGUCCGUGUCCUUCAUCAUCAACCUCUUUGUCAUGGCUGUCUUUGGUCAGGCCUUCUACCAGCAAACCAACGAGCAAGCGUUCAACAUCUGUGCCAACAGCAGUCUCCACAACUAUGCUAAGAUCUUCCCCAGGGACAACCAGACAGUGUCUGUGGAUAUAUACCAAGGAGGUGUGAUCCUAGGUUGUCUCUUUGGCCCUGUGGCUCUCUACAUCUGGGCAGUGGGCCUCCUGGCAGCUGGGCAGAGUUCUACUAUGACCGGCACCUAUGCAGGACAAUUCGUCAUGGAGGGCUUCCUGAGGCUGCGGUGGUCCCGCUUCGCACGUGUCCUCCUCACUCGCUCUUGUGCCAUCCUGCCCACUGUGCUGGUGGCCGUCUUCCGCGACCUGAAGGACCUAUCGGGCCUCAACGAUCUACUCAAUGUUCUACAGAGUCUGCUGCUGCCCUUUGCUGUGCUGCCCAUUUUGACUUUCACCAGCAUGCCAGCCGUCAUGCAGGAGUUUGCCAAUGGCCGGUUGAGCAAAGCCAUCACUUCCUGCAUCAUGACACUCAUCUGUGCCAUCAACCUCUACUUCGUGGUCAGCUAUCUGCCCAGCCUCCCGCACCCUGCCUACUUUGGCCUUGUAGCUGUGCUGGCCCUGGGUUACUUGACCCUAACUGCCUACCUGGCCUGGACGUGUUGCAUCGCCCAUGGAGCUGCCUUUCUGACCCACAGCUCCCACCGGCACUUCCUAUAUGGGCUCACUGAGGAGGAGCAGGAAAAUGUGGCGAGCUCUGGGAACAAACAGAGGCAGCUAGUGUCAGCCCCUUGGAAUGCGCGAAGGUGGAGCCGCAUCGCCUCCGGGCAGUCCCGGACCCGGCGCUUGGGGCGGGCCUCAGGCCCGGGGCUCCUUGGCCUGCAGCGACGGGUUACGGCUGUCUUCUGUGCCACGCAGCCGCAGAGGCUUGGUCCCGCCGGCGCGCAGCAGGAAGAGAGGCGACGCCCCCUGGAUCUCCGCAGGAACCCGGCCCGCCUCCUAGCCCGCCGGCCCCAGAAGUGA